AGUCAUAUGACCUGUAGUUCUUCUAUAUACAGGGCAUAGACACGGCAAUUGCUCCGCACACAGGACUUCGAGUUUAGCAUUUGAGGUCAACAUUGUUGGCGCAUUAGGCUAGUUUCGUCCUCGACAUGACCAGUAUGUCUUUUGUUAGUUUGGUGGUGUGUUUUCUUACUGGUUCGUGUCUUACAUGGGCUAACUACGCCCCUGACGAGGUAACCGAACUACCGGGAAUGUCGUUUAAACCAAACUACCGGCAGUGGUCGGGCUAUUUGAAAGCCAGCCCUGGAAAGUUUCUCCAUUACUGGUUUGUGACCUCACAGAGGGACCCACUGAAGGACCCUGUUGUGCUGUGGCUGAAUGGAGGGCCAGGCUGCAGCUCGCUGGAUGGCUUUCUGUCAGAGAACGGCCCCUUCCAUGUGAAUGAUGAUGGGGCCACUCUGUAUGAGAAUAAUUUCAGCUGGAACAGGAUCGCCAACGUUCUGUACCUAGAGUCCCCUGCAGGUGUGGGAUACUCCUACUCUGAUGACCAGAAGUACAAAACUGACGACGACCAGGUGGCUGACGACAACUACCUAGCUCUGCAGAGUUUCUUUGCCAAGUUUCCAAACUUCACACAGAAUGAGUUCUUCAUCAUCGGUGAGAGUUAUGGUGGGAUAUAUGCCCCGACACUCAGCCAGCGUGUGGCCACAGGGACCGCAAAGAUUAACUUCAAGGGCUUUGCAGUGGGUAAUGGCCUCAGUAGCUAUGCCCUGAAUGACCAGUCUCUGAUCUACUUUGGUUACUACCACGGCCUCUUUGGAGAACAGCUGUGGACAGAUCUGAACACAAACUGCUGUGAUAAGGGAACAUGUAACUUCUUCAACAACAGCAAGGACGCCUGCAAGACACUGUUGAGCCAGGCCUUUAGUAUUGUGUAUGAUUCUGGGCUGAAUGAGUAUGCACUUUACAUGGACUGUGAGGGUGGAGUCGGGGCCAGAGCCUAUGAGAGGAGCAUGAGCCACCUUUUCAGGAACUACAGGAAACACUGGGACACCUUCCAACUGCUGAAGGUGCCGUCCGUCACUGGCCAAACUCCUCUUGUGGGUGAGGUCCCUCCCUGCAUUAACAGCACAGCACAGAUGAACUGGCUCAACCGGGGUGAUGUGAGGAAAGCCCUACACAUCCCUGAUACACUUCCACCCUGGGACAUCUGCAGUGACGUGGUGGGAGGACAGUACACCAACAUCUACCCGACAGUGAAGGAUGUGUAUCUGAAGCUGCUGUCUCUGGGUGUCCGGGCGCUGGUCUAUAACGGAGACACUGACAUGGCCUGCAACUUCCUGGGAGACAAGUGGUUUGUGGAGCAGCUCAACCAGAAGACAACCACCAAGUACCAGAGCUGGAUAUCUGAUGACCAGAUUGCUGGCUUCUACGAGCAGUAUGGAAACCUCACCCUCCUGACUGUGAAGGGCGCUGGUCACAUGGUGCCGCAGUGGGCUCCAGGCCCCGCCUUAGACAUGUUCCAGUCCUUCCUGACAAACAAACCCUACUGAGCAUGCUCCUGGGGCUGCUUCCAGUGUCUGUAAUGGAACUUGUUAGUGGGUCAGGAUGAUGGCCCAUUUUUCUCAGGGUGUGUUGGGUGGAAAGGGGGAGUAAUCCUUCUCACCCCCCCCCUUAAAUGAUUUAGAUGCACUAUUGUAAAGUGGCUGUUCCACUGGAUGUCAGAAGGUGAAUUCACCAAUUUGUAAGUCGCUCUGGAUAAGAGCGUCUGCUAAAUGACUUAAAUGUAAAUGGGGAAACACAUGUUUUGUUUUUGUGAUCAAAUUAAAUGUUUCUGUUGCACUCUAAGUAAGUUCAUUAGAUCAAAGCGCAACUCUGGAGUUGGGGUGACAGGAGUGUAAUCGGACUAAGCCAUUUCUUAAUUUCAGUAAAUGUAUAAUUUUACUUGACGCAAACUGCAUAUUAAUAGCUUUACAGAAAUGUUUAGGUGCAUCACAUGUCAAAUAUUCCUUUGGUGAUGCUGUGCAAUCACUGGUUGGCUUUCUAACUGAUUAGCAGCUUAUUAAUCACAUCAGAGCUAUCAUUUGUCUUUUGAGUUUCUGUAUCUGGGUUUUCAAUUGUCACCACUUGGGGGAGCUGAAAUGCCAUGGAACUCAAAUAGCCAAAAGGCUAAUCAGCACUUUUAAAGAAUCCAACAUUCUUUGUCUUUCUAAUAAAUGCUUUUUAUGAAACCAUU